AUGAGAGCAUCGAAAUCAGAUCGAUACGUUAAUUCCAAGAGACGACGACUCGUCGAGGAACUGCACGCUCCGGUUAGAAAAAAUUUUCCACGAAGACGCGUUAUAGUUCGGGGAUACGAUGAUCUGUGGCAGGCAGAUAUCGUCGAGAUGCAUCCAUACUCGCGUUUCAACAAAGGCUACCAUUACAUACUCACUGUCAUCGAUGUAUUGAGUAAGUAUGCGUGGACUUUACCGCUCAAGACCAAGGGCGGAAACGAGACGGCUAAUGCUAUCACCAAGAUAAUUCGAGAGAACGGCAGACAUCCGAAAAACUUGCAAACCAAUAUGGGGAAGGUGUUUUACAACGCCGAAGUACAGAAACUCUUGAAGAAACAUUAA